CGCCAGCUUUCAAAGUUCUUCCGACGAUCCCUGAAUGUAGCACGGUAGACAUGAGGAAGUAGUUUAGGAGCCAAGCGAAAUGAAGGGCUUUUGACUUGGGGAAACUGAAUUUACACUCCACUUUCAAGGACUGGCAUAAAACAGCUGAACGAGCCAUGGACAACAUUCAGAUCCGGAAGUUUAAUGAUGAAGAUGCUGAUGUUGUGAAGGAGCUCUUCACCUUGGGGAUGAGUGAGCACGUGCCUUCAUCCUUUGUGCACGUUCUGAAGCAGCCGCUGACCCAGAUGGUCCUCAUGUGCAUGUUCUGCGCUCUCCUGACCAGCUCUAAGUCCUUCUUGCUUCCCGUCUUGGCCGUCACCUUCUGCCUGGCUGGAGCCCGGCAGAUGGUCGUCUACAUGUUCAACAAAUACAUCGAAUCCACGCUCAGAAAGGACCUCAACAACAUCAGUGAGACCUACCUGAAAGGGAAAGACUCAUGCUUUUGGGUGGCUGAUAGCGAUGGCCGGGUAGUGGGUUCGGUGGCUUGUCUUCCUGCUGAGGAUGCUCCUGGUUGCUUGACGCUGAAACGCAUGUCGGUCCGCCGCAGUCACCGCGGGAUGGGCAUCGCAAAGGCUCUGUGUCGUACAGUGGCUGAAUUUACUCGCGACAGGGGUUACGGAGCUGUAAUACUGCAGACUUCUGUGGUGCAGACAGAUGCUCAGAAGCUGUACGAGCACAUGGGCUACAAAAAGAUAAGAGAGUUUGUCGUUCCAGAGUUUCUUGCCAAAAUCCUAAACUUCACCCUGCUUGAGUACAGACUUGAUUUACAGCAGGACUGAAGAAUGGACUGAAUCAGAUAUAAACACUGACAACCAUUUCAGGGCAGCAGUACAACACAUUUAUCUAGUUCCUCCACUCUGUGUUUUCCCAGCAUGUAUUUGAUUGAGGCAGAAACACUCUGGACAGGUCGGGCAUGGGGGGUUGAGAUGGGGGCGUGUUUACUCAACACUUGUAGAGCUGGUCCAGUUGUGUUUUCUCCUGUUUCAAACACACACAAGAUCGUUACUGUUUUAUUUGUGUGUUGUUUAGUUGGUUCCACAAAAUGUUAAAGUAGAAAAACUCAGCUUUUGUUAAGGGUUUUGUGUUGAUUUGUCAUUUUAUUUAACUUCUACAUGAUUUUAACAAUAAAUGUAUACAUCUGAACACAAAAGCUGCGAUCACUUUUGCAGUGUUAUUUCAAAUCUGUUGUUUUUGCUCAGUCUGUGAUGCAUUGAUCCAAUACAGGAGAUCACUAGAGGCCCUUUUAGUAACUUGGCCACAACAAUCUCUGGUGUCAUUAAAAUAUUCAUAAUAGUUUGGUUAUAAAUUUCUCUCACUGUACUUUUCUGUGUUCAUAAUUCUAUUAAUUUUGACAAGAUCUUUAACAUCACCAGAUGUUAGCUAGGUCCAAACAAUGAGAGAGCCUCCACUGUUUUUAACAGAUGGCUCUACACUCUCACUGUUGCAUGUCUCUCCUUACCUCCUCCAUAUAUGUAUUGAAACAUUUUCUAAUUUGGAAUAAUCUCUCCAUCAUCUCCUUCGACCUGUUACCACUGAUUUUCAGUCCAGUUCUUAUAUCAUUUGCCAUGCCUUAUCCUUGACAGCCACUUUUCCACUGGUCAGGUACAAAGACUGGACUGAAAAUACAAGAAAAAGCAGUCAAUGCCGACAGAAAACUUUAAAAGAACUUUAGAAACCUUGAAGAAGUAUUCCUCAAGGCCCUCUUAAAAAUGUUAAGAUAGUCUGGCUGCUUGGAGUAAAAUAUAGAUAAGUGAGGGGUAGCUUAGGACUUUUGCACAGUGGUGUGUAAUGUUACAAUGCAUGCACUACUUCUGUUUUAUCCAGAAAUACACUCAUAUAUGUACAAAUCACUUAAUACCUCUAUGCAUGGAAAACUACCUGAAGUCAUCUUUAUUUCUAUGGUCCUCUGAGCAGAGUGUUGAGACUAUAGAUUGUACUGCUGGAGGCCCAAAAAGGAAGCUGACAGCUGUUCAGCCCAA